UGUUGACGCGACCAGAAAUCUUAUCACUUUUUUCCAGCAGAAUUCGUGUUACAUUUUUUAUUAUUUCUUUACUGACAUCACGAAUCUAAGCCUUAUCAGUUCGACCGUGCUAUCGGCAAGUGGCUAGGCAGGCGCACGGUGCGGAGUUUGAUAACACCUCAAGCGCAGGCAGCUGAGCCGUGAACAAUCAUCAUUCGCUUGUGCGUAUUAUUUGUGUCCGGGUAAAAUGAUUCUCCAGUUCAGGAAAAGAAACGAAAGACGACGCACCGAUAUAUGGCGCAAAUAAAACAUGAACCAUUGGAAAUCGAUGAUCCAGCAAUUGUUCGAACGGGUGCAGCAGGAGGAACUGUAAGCUUUGUACCUGCAAUCGGUAACUGCAUAUCCGGAGCUGGGCUUCAGCUAAUAAUGGAAAAUUCCAACAGUUCAUCUUGCGUCAUGACCCAAGAUUUAAACAUUGAUAACGUCGCGAUUGAACAGGAACGUAACCGGCAGGAACAGAAACGAGACGAUGAGAAGCUAGAAAUUAUGCACACAGAGGAAGAUCCUUUGCUGCAGGAAACAAUCAAUGCAUUGAUGAAUGGAACAGGAGGAAUCGAGGUAGUUGCCGGAGCAGCGGUCGUCGCCGAUGACAUCGAUAGUGAACGUAACUAUGAGUGUAACUAUUGCGGGAAGCUGUUCACUCGGUCGAAUACCCUUUCUUAUCAUCUGAAGGUGCACAAUGAUGAAAAACCCUACAAGUGUGGCAGCUGUGACAAAGCCUUCCGCGAGCAAUAUCGCUUGACGAAACACCAGCGAACGCAUGCUAAAGAUUUCGCUGGUAAUAUGCAGCAUCCGGAUCAUGAGACGGAGAACUCACCGGACUCGAGCUUUCAGUCUGGCGGUCGCACUGGUGAGGAUGAAGAUUACGCCACCGGUGAUAGUGAACGGUUUUUUAAAAGCUAUGAACUCCAGGAGAGCACUGCUGUGAUGAAACUAGAGCCGGAUAUUUCGCUGACGAUCGAUGGAGCUUCUGGCAAUGCUCCGUCCCAAACUCCGACCGAGAAUGAUGUUCGUUAUCAAAUAAUUGAGGAACGUAUCAAAUCGCUCCAGCGAGAAGUGCAUCUGGUCAAUCAAAACCUGAACCGUGUUGAAUCGAAAAUCGAUGGGCUGACCAAAAUAAUUGCAAUUUUUGUGAAUAAAUUUGAAGAAACGAAUGCGCAAACGGCUUCUCAAAGCCACAACAAUAGUGCAAUAGUGCCCUAUCCGUUGGUAACGGUACCGGUCGACAGUUUGCCACCAAUCCAAACACAGGCAGUGUCCGUUUCGAUGACUCAGCUACCAACAAUAUCCAACGUUCAAUCGAUUCAAAUGAUGACUCAGCAACCGACGGCGCCACUGGCUGCUCCACCACAACACCAUCCGGUAGCUCAAAAGCUACCACUUCCAGCCCAGCAGCCACCCUCGUUGGAUGCCAUGAACGGCAGCAACAUCGGUACGGCUUUCAUUAACUCGGCCGGUGCCGUCCACUCGCAACUCGGAGGCUGUGGCAACGGAAUCAACGAUACAUUCCCCGACGUUCCGGAGCUCCCGAUUCGGACGGUCAACGACUUUCUGGAUCUUAACGACCACUGCACCGACAAUGAGCAAUUCCUGCUGCAGAUGAUGAUUCGUCUGCAUCAGGAGGUGGACAAUUCUCAACCACACCAGCGCAACGUCAAGAAAAUGAUGGAAGCGCUUGUAACGUACGAGGUGCUGUGUCAGUUCAGUUGGAGCGGUAAAUCCGCGAUCAAUGGGCAGUACACAAAAUACGUGUUCGGUAACAGUGUGGGAAUUCUGGAUUUGCUUACGAAAACCCUAAACCUGGGUAAAAGCGACGAAGAAGCGGAAGCCAACAAGAAACCUAUUUUCACCGCCAUCCAAAGCUUCAUCAAGCACUCGCGGCAGAACAUGCUGCGUGACAGCCGGAAGCGACGCGAAUCCAACGGUCCCUAUCCGCCGGCUCUGAACUGCCCCGUGGACCGGCAGAUUAAGCAAAUCAAGGCCGAAAAGUUGGACAACGUCAAUCAAUAUUAGCAGAGAAAGAGCGAACUUUUUAAAUUGUGCAUGAUUAAUCGUGUUUAUUAAUCGCUAUUUAGUGACAUCAAAGUGAAGUGCUACGAGGAUAUACUUUUGCGCCGAACGAAUGUGAAAUAAAUAACUAGAUCCUAGGCUACUAAUUUUAAUUUUUAACAGCAAGAACACGUACCACGAAAAAGAUAUCUAUUGAAAUAAAGUUCAAUCUUUUUGAGUCUUACGUUCUAAACACUUGUCUAGC